AUGGCAUGCAUAUGGAUGCAGACGGAGAGUUUGCCAAAUGAAGGAGGGAGAGGAUCGAGCACCUGGGACUCUUUCAUCGGGGACACUCCAGCAGUCAACUCCUUAGAACUAUACAAAGAGGACGUUCAGUGCUUGAAGAACAUGAAGGCGGAUGUGUAUAGAUUUUCAAUUGCUUGGCCCAGGCUACUCCCAAAAGGAAAAUUAAGUGAGGGAAUUAACCAAGAAGGCAUCGAUUUCUACAACAAUUUGAUAAAUGAACUGAUAGCAAAUGGAAUUGAGCCUUUUGUGACAUUAUUCCACUUUGACUUGCCGACGGUUCUACAAGAUGAAUAUAAUGGCUUCUUGGGCACCGAAUUUGUGGAGGAUUACAAGAACUACGCAGAUCUUUGUUUCAAAACCUUCGGAGAUAGGGUCAAACACUGGAUUACAUUUAACGAGCCAGAAGUUUUUUCUGCAUACGGGUAUAGAUCGGGCUUGACGCCACCUGACGAUCGCGCAAAGAAUCCCUACAUUGCUGCCCAUCAUCUCCUUCUUGCCCAUGCCAACGCUGCCAAAGUUUAUAGAGAAAAUUACCAGGAUACUCAAGGAGGAGAGAUUGGUUUGUCGUUGGGUGCUCAAUGGUAUUUGCCACUCACAGACGACUCUCCUCAAGACAAAGAUGGAGCAAGCAGGGCUUGGGAUUUCAUGGUUGGCUGGUUUUUGGAUCCAUUGGUGACGGGAGACUAUCCAUUUAGCAUGAAGGCCAUAGUGAGGGACAGGCUGCCGGAGUUCAGUGAAAGUGAGAAGGCGCUGCUGAAAGGGGCUUUUGAUUUUGUGGGCAUAAAUUAUUACACCUCAAGCUAUGUCAAGGCUCUCCCCAUCUCUCCCAAUGACGUCCCCACUGACUACCAGGCUGACACCUAUGUCCAAACUUCGUCGGAAAAAGACGGAAUCCCCAUUGGUCCAAAGGCCGAAGGGUACCCUGAAAAAAGGGACGAUACAAUUCCUAUUGUGAAAGCUCUUCAAGAUGAUGUCAGAAUUAGUUGGAUCCAAGAUCAUCUUGCCUCUAUUAAAGAAGCUUUGAGUGGUGGAGUAAACGUCAAUGGGUAUUUCGCAUGGGCGUUGAUGGACUGCAUGGAAAUGGCUCAAUUAUACACCGUGCGCUUUGGGCUCAACUACACUGAUUAUCUGAAUGACUAUGCUCGCUACCCCAAAAAAUCCGCUUUUUGGCUCAGCAAUUUCCUCACCGCCUCCGACACUGCUACUGCCGCUGCCACCGCCGACACUACUACCGCCAGCGUUAGCACCAACGGCACCGCCACCGCCACCGCCACAGCCACCGCCGCCUAG